AUGAGCAAAACUCGACACGCGUUGCGCCGAGCAGCGGCGCUAAAAUCCUACCACUCUUCCGCGUCGACGUCGUCCCGGUUGUUCUCGAGCGCAGGUGGCGGCAACGCCCUCUUUUCGAGGUCGACGACGACGAUUCCACGGCAGCAAACACAUCAAACACAAAAUGCGUUUUCCUUCUCGAGUAACCGUCGCGGAUUUCUUUCCAAUCCGUCACCAUCGUCGUCCUCGUUGGCGGAUCUGGCGUACGGUCCGAAACCAAUUAACUACGGGAUUCGAAUCGUUCCCGAGAGGACAGUCGCGGUGAUCGAACGAUUCGGGAAGUAUCACAAAACGUUAAGCAGUGGGAUUCAUCUUUUGAUACCUCUGGUGGAUUCUAUUGCUUACGUUUGGCACUUGAAAGAAGAGGCGAUACCGGUGGACAACCAAACGGCGGUGACGAAAGAUAACGUGGCGAUCAGCAUCGACGGGGUUUUGUACGCGAAAGUCGUGGAUCCGUUUAAUGCGAGCUACGGGGUGGAAAAUCCGGUGUUUGCGUUGUCACAGCUGGCGCAAACGACCAUGAGAUCGGAGAUCGGGAAGAUGUCGUUGGAUACGUUGUUCGAAGAGAGAGACCAUUUGAACGCGGCGAUUGUGAAAACGAUCAACGAAGCCGCCGGAGAUUGGGGGUUGAAGUGCAUGAGAUACGAGAUUCGAGAUAUUCUACCGCCGAGAGGUAUUCAAAAUGCGAUGGAGUUGCAAGCGGAAAGUGAACGACGGAAACGCGCGGCGGUUUUAGAGUCCGAGGCGGAGAGAGAGGCGUCGAUUAACGUGGCAACUGGUUUGAAAGAAAAGACGAUUUUAGAAGCGACCGGGGAGGCGGAAGCGAUCGUGGCGAAAGCAAAAGCGACGGCAACAGGGAUCACGGAAGUGGCGAAGUCGUUGUUAGGCACGGGUGGCGACGAGGCGGCGAGAUUUAAGAUUGCGGAGAUGUACAUGAACGCGUUCGCGCAAAUCGCCAAGGAAGGCAACACGAUGUUGAUUCCCGCAGAUGUCGGCAACCCGGCGAGUUUAGUCGCACAGGCAAUGGGGGCAUAUAAAACGAUCGAAAAUAGUAGUAAAAGUGGCUCUGUAGCGGAAGGAAGUAAUAGUGCGACGACGAUUGCUUCGGAGGUGAGAUCGGCGACGGAGAAAGCGCUCCCGCGAUCGAACGUGUUGAGCAAACCGACGAAACCGUCUACAAACGCGGACGAUGAUUAA